AUAUGCUGUUCGGGGACAGAACUGUUAGACGAGUUCAGAAAUUAUUUUUGGAACCUCUCCUAAGUGUUUGUUGUUUUGGGGUUUUUUUUAAGAGUUCUUGGGGGACACUAGCUCUCACCCCGGAGUAAAUUUCUGCCUUUGACCUGCAUGGAUUAUUUUUUCAGGCUGCGGAAUUUCUCGGCACCUACCUGCAGUGCGGGGCACUUGGUUUGAUUGCAGAGUAAGAAGGUGGAAGAAUGAACUGUACUGGGUUAAGCAGUUGAAACCAUUUUUGAGCACGAUCUCUAAAAGCAUAACUGAAUUUGUUUCACCCCCGUGGAUUCCAGUGGGCCCGACAGCGCAACAGGGGCUCAGCAACUUGAUACAUAUGGAAAACCAACACCAAGUGAUCUGACAUAAAAAAUCAUGAUGUGACAUUCAAUCUCAACCAAAGUUGGAAAAUUCCAAAGAAAAAUUGUGUUGUCUUUACUUCUAAGGGUAAAGAUGGGAGAAAACAAUAUACCUGCUGCAGAAGUGGGCUGAAAACACUCUCUUGUCUGCUCCAUCAGGAAUGCCACCUGUUUUGGGGAAUAUACUUUAGAAAAAAGGGCCAAAACUACGACUUGGAGUUCUGAAACUGAAGCGUAAAUAUUCUUCAGCCCCAUUUGUCUGGAUCCGGGAGCCUGUGUUUGGUAUGAGCUAGUGGAAGCAGUAUGUAUGGCCGAAGUGCAUUGCUGCAGCUGGUAGCAUGAGUGGUGGCCACCAGCUGCAGCUGGCUGCCCUCUGGCCCUGGCUGCUGAUGGCUACCGUGCAGGCAGGCUUUGGACGCACAGGACUGGUACUGGCCGCAGCGGUGGAGUCUGAAAGAUCAGCAGAGCAGAAAGCUAUUAUUAGAGUGAUCCCCUUGAAAAUGGACCCCACGGGAAAAAUGAACCUCACUUUGGAGGGUGUGUUUGCUGGUGUUGCCGAAAUAACUCCAGCAGAAGGAAAAUUAAUGCAGUCCCACCCCCUGUACCUGUGCAAUGCCAGUGAUGACGACAAUCUGGAGCCUGGAUUCAUCAGCAUUGUCAAGCUGGAAAGUCCCAGACGGGCCCCCCGUCCCUGCCUGUCACUGGCUAGCAAGGCACGGAUGGCCGGUGAGCGAGGAGCCAGUGCUGUCCUCUUUGACAUCACAGAGGACCGAGCUGCUGCUGAACAGCUGCAGCAGCCCCUGGGGCUGACUUGGCCUGUGGUGUUGAUCUGGGGCAAGGACGCUGAGAAACUGAUGGAGUUUGUGUACAAGAACCGAAAGGCCCAUGUGAGGAUCGAGCUGAAGGAGCCCCCCGCCUGGCCAGACUAUGAUGUGUGGAUACUCCUCACCGUGGUGGGCACCAUCUUCGUGAUCAUCCUGGCCUCAGUGCUGCGCAUCCGGUGCCGCCCGCGACAAAGCAGGCCGGAGCCUCUUCAGCAGCGAACAGCCUGGGCUAUCAGUCAGCUGGCCACCAGGCAGUACAAGGCCAGUUGCAAAAGAGCCCGGGCUGAGUGGCCAGAUUCAGGCAGCAGCUGCAGCUCAGCCCCCAUGUGUGCCAUCUGCCUGGAGGAGUUCUCGGAGGGGCAGGAGCUACGGGUCAUUUCCUGUCUCCAUGAGUUCCACCGCACCUGUGUGGACCCCUGGCUACAUCAGCACCGGACGUGCCCUCUCUGCAUGUUCAACAUCGUAGAGGGUGAUUCCUUUUCCCAGUCCUUGGGAUCCUCCCGACCUUACCAGGAACCAGGCCGGAGACUCCACCUCAUUCGCCAGCAUCCUGGACAUGCCCACUAUCACUUCCCUGCUGCCUACCUGCUAAGCCCUUCUCAGAAUUCAGUGACUCGGUCCCCACGACCUGGUCCCUUCCUACCAUCGCAAGAGCGACACCACCGCCUCCCCAGAGCGGCACAUGCCCGGCCUCCCAGUGAGCAGCAGCGCCUGGCAGGGGCCCAGCUCCCUUACAUGCAGGGCUUGGGGCUGAAACGGCUCAGAUGUGCCUCACAGCACCCGGCCACUUGCCCGGUGCCCCCACGCCGGGCCAGGGCUCACGACAGCAGCGGCUCUGGGGAAAGCUACAGCACAGAACGCAGUGGCUAUCUGGCAGAUGGGCCAGCCAGUGACUCCAGUUCAGGGCCCUGUCAUGGCUCCUCCAGUGACUCAGUGGUCAACUGCACAGACAUCAGCCUGCAGGGCAUCCACGGCAGCAGCUCCACCUUCCGCAGCUCCCUGAGCAGUGACUUUGACCCCUUGGUCUACUGCAGCCCUGAAGGGGAGCCCCGGAGGGAGGAGACACAUAUUAACAUGACCUCUCGUCCUCGGUCCCUGGACUCAGUGGUGCCCGCAGGGGAAACCCAGGUCUCCAGUCACAUCCACUACCACCGCCACCGGCACCACCACUACAAGAAGCGGUUCCAGUGGCAUGGCAGGAAGUCUGUCCCAGAAACUGCUGCCCCCCAGUCCAGGACGGGUGUUGCUCAGACACAGCUCCAGCCAGAGCCUGAUGAGCAGGCCACCAGCUCCAACUCAUCUGCUCCUGCAGGCCAGCUCCCCAGCGCACAGCGGCCUAAGGCCAUCACAGAGCCCGCACCUGGCCCAGCUGAAGCUUCUAGCUCCAACCCCAUUCCCAGUAGCCUUUUCAACUUGCAUAAAUCCAGCCUGCCUGCCCGACAUCCACAGAGGAAACGGCGGGGGGUCCCCUCAGAGCUCACCCCAGUCUCUCGGCCCCAGGACUUGACUGGGCACCCAGCUUGUCCUGUGUUUCCCCACUUUGGCCCUGGCCUGGCGUACCCUUGGUCUCCCGAGGCCCAUUCACUGAUCUUUGGACCUUCAGGCCUGGACAGGAGGCUUCUACCAGAAACCUCAGGCCACUGUUACUCAAGUUCACAGCCAGUAUGGUUCUGUCUGACGCCACAGCAGCCCCUGGGGCCACAGUCAACUGAGGAGGGGCCUUCUGAGUGGAGUUUUGGUACCACGGAGAGCAGGUCAUGUCCUUAUCCACACUGCCAGGUGCUGCCAGCUCAGCCUGGCUCAGAGGAGGAGCUUGAGGAGCUGUGCGAACAGGCCGUGUGAGAUGUUCCAAUUUGGCGCCAAUCAAAACUUUGUUCCAGGCGACUCAGGGCCCAACCAGGAAUCUUGCUCUUGGAGAAGAAAGGACCUCACCAAACACCCCUCAUUAUGUCAUACUUCCUGGAACCAGUGGAAGAGCAGUGGUUAUGGUGG